AUGAGAUAUGUUCUAUUUUCACUGAGCGCAUUUGUGCUCUACGCCAUUUUCUACUUUUCCUAUAUCAAUGGCCUCGACGAGCUGGGCCGCAAUGCUGUGGCAUCCGGAAAGCUCCCUGGCGUGGAUGCGCCGCUCCGCACAGUCUAUACCGGGGUGGAACCGGUUGAUCGCAUCUUGACUCUGCUGACGACCUUUUUCUAUCCGUCACUUGAUGGCCAGAGUCCCACCCUUUUACUCCACAGCAUUGGAUUUUCGGGUACCUUCGGAGCCGCGUGGACCCUGGUUGUCUUGGAAUCAUGGCGGAAGGGCAACGCAGGGACCAUCGCUGCCUAUCCUGCUAUCUUUGGUCUCAUGGCCCAAUUGAUGACCUUUGCCUUCGCAACUCCUUUGAUCUGCGGCCUCCAGUUGGGCUGCUCAAUUACCGCGCGUCGCCCCCAUGCUGAUAACAUUCGUGUCCCCCGCGCAGUUCUUGCGGUGUUGCCCGUUGUAUUCGUGAUUGGAUACAUGGUGCCGACCCAGGCAAUGGUGCUGCCUGCCCCGUCCCUGAUUUCCAUCGACAUGAAGCAAAUUGCCAUCGCAAUCUGGCAGCCGUGGCCAGCCUACGUAUCCAUUCUGACUACGGCGGCCUACUUCAUUUUGUCUCCAUUCCUCCCGAAUAAUCAUCGCGCGUCGAUGUCUGGUCUGCGCUGGGUAUACGCAUCUGCAUUCGCAAAUGCAACUCUUACUCACCUCAUUUCAUGGGUCGUUUCGCUCGCCUCAGUUGCGGUUCCCCAUCUGUUUGAUGCGCGCUUCCUUGCCGCCCUUCAUCCCUCUAAGGUCUUCGCUGUCCCUCUGCCUUGGUCUGGGCUGAAAGUCGAGACGGUGGCUGAGGGCGUGCAUUUCUUUUUGCGAUGGGACUAUCUGAUUGGAUCAGCGGGAAUCCUCCUCUGGGCCCUGACGUUGUAUAGUGUGGCCCACAAGCAAAUUCUGAGCACGAUUUCUUGGCCAGGCUUAUUGGUCAAGGUUGGCAUACUGACUGUUCUGUCCGGACCGACUGGGGCUGCCGUGGAAUUGAUGUGGGAGCGGGACGAGCUGGUCUUCAAGGAGACCGUCGGUCCACGACAGCAGGUCACUAAAAUCAUGAAGUCCUCCUAA